CCUUGAUUAUUCAGGUGAAGAAAACAGCUGCAGUGAGGCUCAGACCUCCUCGGUCGGUCAGAGGAGGAGCAGCUGAUGAUGUCCUCAUUAUUCAGAAGAGAAGCAGCAGCAGCAGCACCUCAGCGAACUUCUCCGGCGUUCAGCGCGGAUACUUUCAGCAUGAGUGACGUUCCGUUGGCUUCAGCCUCCUCCACCGUCUCCCUGCUAACAGGACCAUCACCAGGGUGCAGCUCCAGCACCAACAAGCCUCCAGCCUUCAUCCUUCCUCCCCGCAACACCAGGGUCGUGCUGGGUGGAGACGUCCGACUGGAGGGGAAGGUGUGUGGUCAUCCUGAGCCUCAGGUCUCGUGGUACAGAGAGGGGAGGGCUUUGAUUGGUGAUGAGCGCUGUGUGGUGAAACAAGGUGGACUGGGCACCUUCAGCCUGGUGGUGGGUGGAGUCAGAGAGAAGGACGUGGGCCGAUACACCUGUCAGGCCACCAAUCAGGCCGGGAGCCGGCAGGUUACAGUGGAGAUUCUUCUGGAAGAGAAUUCUGAGAAGAAGUACGUCCUCCCUUCCUCCAUGAAAACAGGGUGUUGCUCUGCGGUCCCGGCAAUGGAGAACAGGUCCAGUAUUUGGGGCGAGAGUCUGCCAAAGUUUGUCACUAAGCCAAGCCGAGUGUUCACCAAGUUAGGUCAGACUGGGAAGUUCUGUGCCAAAGUGACAGGACGCCCACAGCCCUGGGUCACAUGGUACAAGGGGGAGGUGGAGCUUCAGUCUUGUGGGCGUGUCAGCAUGUAUGAGCGCUCUGGUCUGCACUUCCUGGAGAUACAGGAAGUGCGUGUGGAGGAUGUAGGUAGCUACACGUGUUUGGUCACCAACAGCGCUGGUACCGCCACUGCCACUGCUAAGCUCAACUUUCAUGGUGUUCCUGAUGACUUAUCCAGGACUCUCCAGCUGGCCGAAGCCACGCAAACCAGUAAUUUGACUGUGGACAGAGCUGCUCCCAACGCUCCCAGCUUCCAGAGAGAACAACCCAAACCUAGAGAGAAGCUGCAGCAGAGCCUCCUGUCUGAGCAUGGAGAGGCAGCCUCCUGCAGGGGAAGACUUCCUGUCCAGCUUCCUCUGGUGGCUGAGAGGAGAACUGCAGUGGCUGAGAUCCAGCCAGCCUUCAGUCCGGUUCCAGUUCGUACCGGUUCAGUCCUACAGCCAACGUGUAGUUCAGACAGCAGCAGGCCUGUGAGGAGGUCGGUGUUUGGGUUCAACCUGCAGUUCAAGGCCAUUCCUUUGGACCAGGAGGCCACGGAGGGAGCACAGGUCAAAUUCACCUGCCAAGUCUCAUCUGUUGCCUUUGCCAUGGUAACUUGGCUGAAGGACGGGGUGCCGGUGAGGAUGGGACCAGGUGUGCAGCAGAGACAGGACGGUAGCCGUUUGACCCUCAUCAUGGAGAGAGUGAGACAAGUAGACCAGGGAACCUACCAGUGUAAACUGAGGACUGCUGAUGGAGUGACAGUUAACUCUGCACCAUGGAUGCUCCGUGUACACAGCAGGCUGCAGGGUUUCAGGUCAAAGGUCACAGGGGUCAGAGGAGUUUGUGAGGCUCCACGCUUUGUCCACCACCUUGCUGACCUGAGUGUGAUGGAUGGCAGCAGAGUCGCCCUGACGGUGGAGCUGAGCGGUCACCCCCCUCCAGAGGUGGUGUGGCUCCAUGAUGGGCAGGAGGUGAUGGAGACAGAGGACUUCCAUCUCCUCAGGGAUGAGAACCUCCACACUCUGCUCAUCCAAGAGGUUUUCCCUGAGGACACUGGGACCUACAGCUGUAAGGCCUGGAACCAGCACGGGGAGGACCACACCCAGUGCCGACUCACUGUGGAGGAGCCCCAGGACGGUGUCCAGCCCUGGUUCAUCACCAAACCCAAACCGGUGAGCGCUGUUUUGGGUCAACAUGUUCUCCUGUCCUGUGCCAUCGCUGGAGACCCGUUUCCCCAGUACACUUGGACCAGAGGUGACCCGAGUCGGCCCCUGAGCUCUGGAGGAGACUACGAAGUGCUGCAGAAAGAGGACGUCAUCUCAUUGCUGAUCAGGAGAGUUAAAAAGCAUCACGCUGGAGACUACCUGAUCACCCUGAGGAACAGUGUUGGACAGUGCAGCGCUGUGGCCUGUCUCUCCAUCACUGAUGGAGAGACAGGCAGGAUGGGAGGACAAGGAAGACGACCAGGAGAGGACAGCCCUGCAGCAGGAGAAAGAGGAGGAGGAGCAGCAGCUGGUGGGAUCGCAGCACUGAGAGGAGGUGCCGGAGGAGGAGGAGGAGGUGUGGAGCAGAGAAGCAGCAGCAGUGUUGGUGUCCGUCGGCAGUGGCAGGAGGCCAACCAGGAGCAGAAGAGGAACCAGCAACUCCUGUACCUGCAAGAAGGGGAGAAGAAGAAGGAGGGUAACCAGGACUCUCCUGCCACCAGAGCUACUGCUUCCCGGGGUCUCCUCAAGCACUGCGUGGACACCAGGGAGCGCGGUGAAGAAGAGCUGCGACAGAGGGAGGCGCAGCAGCUCGACUUCCGCUCCCUUCUGGGACGCAGAGCUUUUAACGCCAAAAAGAAGCAGGAAGAAGAGCCGAGGGAGGCUUACCUCACCACCACUACUGCCGAGCACCAUCAGAUGGAUUUUAAGGCCAACCUCAAGGGUGUCAAAGCCAAGACGGAGGAGGGCCGCAAGGGAAACUCCCCGCAGCAGGUCGACUUCCGUGCUGUGUUGGGGAAGAAGGGUGCAGCCGGUAGCAAACCUGCUGAAACACCUGCAAAGAACGAUACCGACUUCCGCUCUGUCCUAGCUAACAAGAACAAGCCAGCGAACCCUGAGAAGAAUGGGGAGCGUGAGAAGAUGGCGAUGAAUAAUUGUGUGGAUGGAGGGAUUAAUGAGAACAAAAGCGGAGAGGGAGGAGGAGGGAAGAUGCCAGAGUUUGUGGAGAAGCUGAGCGAUGUGACGGUGCUGGAUGGCCAGCGGCUUCGGCUGCAGUGCUGCCUUGCUGCCUCUGACCCAGCAAGUGUCACCAUCACCUGGACACUGGAUGGCAAGAUCAUAAAGCCAUCCAAGUUCAUCAUUCUCGCCAACGAAGGUGGCCUGUGCUCUCUGACCAUAGACAAAGCUCUUCCAGAGGAUGAAGGCUCCUACAGAUGCAGAGCUGAGAACUCAGCAGGCAAAGCUGAAUGUUCCUGUAUGGUUCUAGUGGAUGACCCAGCAGAAAACUCUCCGGCUGACAAGAAAUCUAAGAAGGCGACUCCGACCUCAGAGAGUGAAGCCAGAAUAAAGAAACCCACUGCGAAGACUCCUCCUAAACAAGCUCUGCCUCCUCAGAUUUUGCAAUUCCCAGAAGACAUGAAGAUUCUGGCAGGAGAGAAGGUGGACAUCCUAUGCAAGUUCUCUGGUGCUCCACCCAUCAGCUGCACCUGGUUGAAGUUCAGGAAACCAAUCCAGGAGGGCUCAGCUGAUAUCUCAAUAGAAAGCUGUGACAACAGCAGUAAACUGACUAUCUCCAGUGGUCAGCAGGAACACUGUGGCUGCUACACCAUCGAGCUGAGGAACAGCUUUGGCCUUCGUCAAGCUGCCCUCAACCUCACCAUCGUCGAUAAACCCGACCCCCCAGCGAAGGUCCCUGCAGCCUCAGAUAUCCGGCGCUCCAGUCUGACUCUGUCAUGGUAUGGGCCGACCUACGAUGGUGGCAGCGCAGUGCGGUCGUACCACCUGGAGAUCUGGGACUCUGUGGGGCAGCAGUGGAACCCGCUGGUUUCCUGCAACAGCACGUCUUACAACGUACAGAACCUUCUUCCGGAGCGUCAGUACAAGUUUCGUGUCCGUGCAGAGAAUAUCUAUGGAAUCGGAGAGCCAAGUGUUGAAUCCGAACCUGUUACAGUUGGACUGGUGGACGAUGAAAACCAGGAGGAAGCCGAGGAAGAGGAUGAAGACUCAGAGAAGGAGCCAGACUACAGAGACGUGACCAUCAGAACAGACGUGAAGGUGAAGGAGCUGUAUGAUGUGGAGGAGAGGCUGGGAACUGGGAAGUUUGGUCAAGUCUUUAAACUGGUGGAGAAGGCAACUAAGAAGGUUUGGGCAGGAAAGUUCAUCAAGGCGUACUCGGCGAAGGAGAAGGAGAACGUUCGGCAAGAGAUCGGCAUCAUGAACAGCCUCCAUCACCCCAAACUGGUCCAGUGUGUCGAUGCCUUCGAGGGCAAGUCAGACAUCGUCAUGGUCCUUGAGAUGAUCUCCGGAGGUGAACUCUUUGAGCGGAUCAUUGAUGAGGACUUUGAGCUGACAGAGAGGGAAGUGAUCAAAUACAUGCUGCAGAUCAUCGACGGAGUCAGCUUCAUCCAUAAACAGGGCAUCGUCCACCUCGAUCUCAAACCUGAGAACAUCAUGUGUGUCAACAAGACCGGCAGCAAAAUCAAACUCAUUGACUUCGGCCUUGCCAGAAGACUGGAAAAUGCAGGCACUCUAAAGGUUUUGUUUGGGACUCCAGAGUUUGUGGCUCCAGAGGUCAUCAACUAUGAAGCCAUCAGCUAUCCCACUGACAUGUGGAGUAUAGGAGUCAUCUGUUACAUACUGCUAAGCGGUUUGUCUCCUUUCAUGGGGGACAACGACAAUGAGACUCUGUCCAAUGUCACCUCGGCCAGCUGGGACUUUGAGGAUGAGGCCUUUGAUGAAAUCUCUGACAACGCCAAAGAUUUCAUCACCAACUUGUUGAAGAAAGACAUGAAGGCUCGCCUCACCUGUACACAGUGUUUUGAACAUACCUGGCUGAAGCAGGACACCAACACCAUGAAGGCCAAGAAGCUCUCCAAAGAGAGGAUGAAGAAGUACAUCCUGAGGAGGAAAUGGCAGAAAACAGGUCACGCUGUACGAGCCAUCGGCAGGCUGUCAUCCAUGGCCAUGAUGGCUGGAGUCAGCGCCAAGAAGGGCUCACCCACUGAAGAGGACAACCAGUUCCUGGAGUGUUUAGAGUAUGAACAGAAGACAGAGUGCAAGCCGACUUUCAGCACCGUCAUCAAAGACGUGGAGGUGGUGGAGGGCAGCGCUGCUCGCUUUGACUGCAAGAUUGAAGGUUACCCUGACCCAGAGGUGGUCUGGUACAAAGACGACCAGCCGAUCAAAGAGACCCGACACUUUCAAAUUGACUAUGAUGAGGAAGGAAACUGCAGCCUGGUCAUUUCAGAGGUGUCAGGUGACGAUGAUGCCAAGUACACAGUGAAGGCAGUCAACAGUCUGGGGGAGGCAACCUGUACUGCUGAGCUGCUAGUGGAGGUGAUGGCUGGAGAGGAAGAAGAGGAGGAGGAAGAGGAGGAGGAAUGAAACAGUGCUGGUCUGUGUUCCCUCGGCCUGUCAGACCUGAGCAGGAAAACCUACCUACAUAUAACAGAUCAUGUUGCUAUUGGAGGAGCAGGUGAACGAGGUUUGAGAUCAACACUUAAUGAUCAGAUGCCAAAAUUCACCCAUAACCACCAGACAAUAUGAUUUCUUUUAUUCAUCAUAGAGCCAAACCUCACCCACCUGACACCUGUGAAGAACACAAGCCCUGCCCCCCUCAGCUAGCCUCUAUUCAUUGGUGGAUUUCCUCUUACAGUUUAUUUCAGUGCUCUUACGUAUAAUUGAAACAGGAUACUUGGGUUUUCUGUCCAUUCUUCGAUAAUAUUUCAAUAUCUUACAAUUUAAAAUAAGAUCUGACAUCAGUGAAAAUUACUUUGUGCACUUUUUGACUACCAGUGAUGCUACUGAGCAAUGUUUUAAUAUAUUACAUUUAAUGCACACACAGAACAGCUGCUGGUGUUAGCAUGUCUGGUGAUGAAGAGUAUGGCUGUUAGCUCACAAAUGAUGAUCCAAAAUAUUCAAAAAUGAGCUCUUUAUGAGAAACCGAAUGUAAACACAAACUUUUGUUUGUUAAGAAGAAAACUCUUCAGGGAACCUCAGCAACAACAACUACUCCAGUGAGAAGAAGCAGCACAAUGUCAACAAAUUGUGGGAGUUGUUGGAAGAAUUAUUAUAUCUCUGACAAAAUUAUGGUGAUAAACAUUUAUGUGAGAAUAUGGACUUUAGAUCUGAGAAUCAUGUUUCAGCUCUAUACUGAAGACAAUGACAAAAAACCUCCAUGAGGAAACACACUGAUGAAGAGUACACUCUGAUACAAAUGAAAUAUGGAAAUGUUGUUUCAUCAAAGGUAUAAUUAACAUUUAUCUCCCAGGGAAAAUUCAUCAAAGGGCGAUGUAUUAGUUGUUGUGGGGCUUCAGCUCUCUGUAUAACUGAACCGUGAAAAAUGUACUGUAUGUGUUAACAGACUCUCUGUGGCCGUCCAAGUGAACAAAACAAAGAGGAGUUCGGUCGCCUAACAAUAAAGUGGCUUACUGUGAUACAAGUUAAUCCAUGUAGCGAAUGACCAACAAGGCAAAAGAUACCCAGAAGUGGUUUAUGAUGUUAGCACUGCAGCUAAUGGUGCGAUGAAGACAAAUUAAAACCCCUAACCCACAUAAAGAUGAUCCACUUUACUGAUAAUCUGUGUGAUCCUGAGUAUGGUGAUAUUAAACGCCACUUGAACUCAGACAGCUAACUGUGUUUGUUAAUGAACAUUAGCUAAUUAGCAGCAGAGGCUAAAGCUGUGAGGGCUGAAUAAAGACCAUUUGAAUCAAUCAGAGUAAAACUGAAACAGACUCAGUAACUCAGAUCAAAUAAAUUGAUGUUUAAAAAAAAACCCCUAAUGGAUUAAAUUCAAAUAAAGAAAAUGCAGAAAAAAUAGAAAAAAAUAAUAAAAAAAUAAAAAUAGAUAGAGAGCUACCUUGCACUUGCAAGCCAGUGUCAGCCUAAAGACAAAGACUAAAGAACUAUAAAGUUAGCUUUCUAGCUAAUGCACAUUAACCCACAUUAGCAUUAGCCAGGGCAGUGAGGACUGAUUUAAAACAGCUUUAAAUCGUCUGAAUACAGUUUGUAAGGAAAAGUUAGGGUAACCCCCUAACCGUAAAUAAAAAUAAUGAAUGCAGUUGUAAAGCUAAAAGCUAAAGAACUAUGCCAGAUAGAGAUCUAGCUAACAUUGUUUCGCUAACAUUAACCUAAGCAAUGAUAGCUAACCAACUUAUAAACAUACUCAGUGUAACUUUAUGUCACCAUGACAAAUGUGAAGAAUUCAUUUAACAAUUUGUACACAAUGAGUGAGCAAAAAACAGUUAGCUUCUUAGCUAAUGUUCAUAUAAUCCACCCACUCAGUGAUAUUGGCACAGUUGUCAGGCUUGUUAGCCACAGACAUUUUUAUUCUAUUUGAAUUUUUUAAUGUUAUUUAUUAGCAGUAUUUUUAUUUUGUUGUCCACCGUGCUAGACUCAUAUUUAGUUUUUGUUCUUCUUUGAUUGUGAAACAGCACCCAGUUAAAGUAAUGUGUCAUCAUUUUGGUACACAACAAACACAUAGUGAAAAAAUUCACCACAGUGCUUUUGGGUAAUGAUCCUUCCCCAAAGUCUCUUGUCAUUGCUACUUUGCGCUGCAAAAACAAAACAAAAAAAGUGGACACAAGCCACCAAAUGCCUUAAUUAAUGCUAAUGUGACCCAACUCUGUCAGUACAGGGUGAGUGACGACAGCCAUGACACUAACUUCUAUAACAAUAACCCAUUUUGUAGUCAGUAACCCAGCUGCUCCCUGUUCAGCUGAUAAAUGAUGAAUCCCUCAGUUUGCUCUUUUCUUCUGUUUGAGCACUUUUCUUUCUGUUUGUUUGUAUAUUUGACUCCGACAGCAGUCAUCGUAAAUCAAAUACAGCUAAUAUCACCUCAGCCUUACUUUGUUAGCCUUAAAGCAAGACAGGGACAUUUUUAAUGUCAGUGUGAGUGAUUUAAAACAUUUCUACCAGACGUUGGUAAAGUUGUGGGACAAAAAAAGUAAUUUUUCCAUUUGGCUGCCAGAAAACAAAAGUCAGUGGUGUAUAUCACAAAUAUUACAGAAGAUCUUGGAAUUAUGAGACUCAGUGUUUCAGAUCUUAUCCUAUGGUUAUGAAAUAGAAAUGUUGUCACAAUAAAAUCUUUUCUCAUAGUGACAAGAUUUGUAUUUUGUCGUUGCAAGAUGAAGACAAAAUGAAAUUAUAAGAUACAGGUCUGAUAAUUUGGAUCUGGACAUGGAUCUAAUAAUUGUGAGAUAGUCUUGUAAUCUUAUUUCAAGAGAUGACCUUAUAUUUACAAAAUUGUACCUCAAAAUUAAGGAAUCUUGUCUGAUAAGAUAAUUCCUGUUAAUUAUUUUAUUCUUGUUUUUGGUCACAAUGACAUCGACAUUGUAUCUUUGAACAUUUUCUUGCCACAUUCCAGCUGUUUGUUUGUGCUUUAAAACGUUUGUUUCAAGGCUUCAAAGGCUGAUUCAGCAACUUUCAACAAAAAAAACAAAAAAGAAGCUUCUUUAAAAAUUCACAGGUGUGUGUUUGCGUGUGAUCAUCUGUAUUGUUCAUGUUUAACCCUAAAACCUUACCUGGGCCUGUUAAUGUUUUUGUUGGUUUUGAGAAUGUUUUAUUUUUAGACUUAUUUAAUGCACAGAUUCAUAAUUAUAAUAUUGUCAUUUGAUCUUAUGUCUUCUUGGAGAUCUUAUGACCAGCACCAGCACUAUGACCAGUCACAGUUAUCUCCCCCCGACACACAUACACACACUAAACCAAGCAGUGGACUCACUCCUAUACUGGUUUGUUUUGUAUUAGAUGUAUGUGGAUGAUAUUUCUCUAAUUUUUCUAAUUAUAUAUCAGAUUGAUGAACUGCAGAUGACAUGUAUGAGAACACUACAACUGUAGUUACUCACAAAUACCAAAUAAAUUUAUCACAAAACCAAA